GACCCGUAAAUAGCUCUGGAGCUGUCCUCCUCGCCUGCUGUGCAUGUCUGGAGCACGCCUAUAAGCGGACCGCGACCCCCCGAACCCGCCCUCGCAGCGACUGCGCACCCUCCGCGAGCUUGUUCAUGGCCCCGGGUAUAAUGUGCUUCGGCAAGAAACCAGUCGAUCCGGACUCUCGCCGCAAUGAAGAGAUCGAGAAGGUCAUCCGGAUCGACAAGAAGAAGCAGGAGCGCGAGGUGAAGCUGCUGCUGCUCGGCGCCGGCGAGAGCGGCAAGUCCACCGUGCUGAAGCAGAUGCGGGUAAUACAUGCAGGCGGCUUCAACAAGAUGGAGCGCCAGCAAUGGCGGGCCAUCAUUUUCAACAACCUGGUCUCCGCUUUCCAGACAAUCUUUGCCGCUAUGCAGGAACAGGACACGGAGUUUGAGGACGACGAUAACCUGCGAUAUGCCGAACUCAUCGCCGCAGACCCCGAAAUUGGAAUUCACGACUGCAUGCCCCAGGAGUGCCUGGCAGCGUUCAACAGCCUAUGGGCCGACAAGGGCGUGCAGCUGGCCAUAUUGAAAGGCAACCAAUAUGCGUUGCAUGACAACCUGAGCUACUUCUUUGCAGACGUUGAGCGACUGUUUGCAAAAGACUACCUACCCACAGAUCAGGACAUCCUGCGCACACGGCUGAGGACGACCGGCAUCACAGAAACGAUCUUCGAGCUCGGCAACCUAACAUAUCGCAUGUUCGACGUAGGCGGACAACGGUCAGAACGGAAGAAAUGGAUCCACGUCUUCGACAACGUGCAGGUCGUGCUGUUCCUCGUGGCAAUCAGCGGCUAUGACCAUGUGCUUGUGGAAGACCGCAAUGGCAACCAAAUGCACGAGGCACUCAUGCUGUUCGAAUCGAUAUCAAACUCCAAAUACUUCGAGAAGUCGGCCCUCAUCCUGUUCUUGAACAAGAUCGAUUUGUUCCGCGAAAAGAUUGCAGGCGGCAUGAGUCCGAUCAACAAGGUCUUCCCCGACUACACAGGCCAAGCCACGAACAUUGAGGCCGGGCAAGAGUUCUUCGCACAAAAAUUCAAGAACCUGGUACGGCAGCCGAAGAAGGAAGUCUACGUCCACUACACCAACGCCACCGACACGGAUCUGUUGAAGAAGACCAUGGCAUCCGUACAAGAUAUGAUUGUGCAGCGUAACCUGAACGCGCUGAUACUGUAAUCCCUUACUCUAAUUCUCCAUGUUCGCAAAAGCACCACCCUUCUCCGGAGCCUUCUGUUCUAGCGCGAGCUAGCUAACGACGCCGUACGACAACACUACUAUAUUGGAGUUUUCCUUUUGCCGCCAACCAGCUGAAUCGACGGCCGCCUUAGGUUGAACAUCGGACCACAUCUAGCCGCUUGCAGGUACCGUGGAGGAACGGGUUCAGCUGCGC